CGGGCGGGGCAGAUCCAGUGGACUGGGGGCCGGCGGCGCUGGGCGUGGCUGCGGAGCGAGAGAGGUGAGUGGUCAGGAGCAGCGGGAACAGCCCCACCACCUCGCUGACCUCAAACCUGGCCGGCAGGUUCUACAGACUCCCCCAGCCCUCCCUGGGUGGGGGCAGGGGGGAGCGAGGGGCCUGGCCCAGCUCCAGCCCAUAGGCCCCCCGCGGCCCCCGCCCAGCCCGGCUGCGGAGUUUGUCUCUUAAAGAUUGACGGAUUUGUUUGAAAAGCAAAGUCACGGAUCUCCAUCCGCGGGCUCACUCCCCAGAAGCCCAAAACAGCCAGGGCUGGGCCAGGCCACAGCCAGGAGCCGGGCGCUCCAUCCGGGUCUCCCGCAUGGGCACUCGGGCCCCCAGGGUGCGCAUAGCAGGGAGCUGGGCUCAGAAGAGGAGAUUUUAAGAUUUAUUUAUUUAUGUGAAAGGCAGAGUUAGAGAGAGAGAGAGAGAGAGAGGGAGAGAGAGGGAGAGGUCUUCCAUCUGCUGGUUCACUCCCCAGAUGGCCACAUCGGCAGGAGCUGGGCGGAUCCAAAACCAGGAACCAGGAGCUUCCUCCGGGUCUCCCAUGUGGGUCCCACUUGGGCCUCUCCCCCUGGCUCUCUCCGCUCCGGCCACAGGGGCCUCCUCGCUGCCCCUCCCCUACGCCAGGCUCCCUCCUGCCCCAGGGCCUUCGCCUGAGCUGCGCUGGGCCUGGAGCGCCUUUAGCUCCCCUCACCGCGGGACCACCGGGCUGAGCCUCCUACAAGCCCCUCCUCCAGGCGCCCACACACCCACAGCUGCAGGCUGCCUGCCCGGCCAGCGGCCCCGCCCCCGGAUCCUGAGUGGCCAGGCUCAGCCACGCCCCCUCCCCGGCCCUGGCCCUGACCCUGGCCUCACCGGCUUGCUCAUCCACCCCAGCCAACUCACCCCUAUGAGUCGGUGAUUUUUCGCAUCCUGAGACACUCGAACACAAGGCCUGGAUGUGUCAGCGGAGAGGGGUGACCCGGGGAUGAGUCAGCUGGGGCCAGGUCCCUCUGCCGGGGUCGGAGACGGUGGCCCCGGCCUCCGCCCUGCCCAUGCCCCUGCAGCUGUGCCGACCGGAGAUGACUCUGGGCACGCCUGCACGCGUCCCGGGGACAUCUGCCGCAGCUUCCGAACUCAGAGCCCCCGGCUGGGGUCCCGGCUGGGGGUCCCGGCGCGGCUCCGGACCCGGCUUCCUGCUGCUGCGCACCGCGCACCCCGGGAGGCCCGGCCGCGCCAGCGCACGGACACUCAGUCUCUGUCUCUCUCCCAGGGAGGGUCACCGCCUGUGCCUUCUGUCUCCCGCAGAUCUGCUCCGCCCGCCCCGUGCCGUGAACGCGUAGGGGUCGCCAGGCAGGCAGGAGCGGCCCCGCGGAACAUGCCGCCGCCGCCCCCGGCCUCUUCCGCCGCCCAAGGCCGCGCCCUCCCGUGCCCAUGGCCUGCCCGGGCCCGUCGCUCCUCGGCGCCUUCGACAUCCUCAGCGCUGCGGGCCAGGACAAACUCGUGCACCUGAAACACAAGCUCAGGGCCCGACGCCCCGGCGGCCAGGCGGCUGGGCUCCUGCACGCCAUGGUGCAGCUGCAGCUGGGCCAGGAGACCGAGGCCAGGGUCUCCCUGGACGCGCUAAAGGACGACGCGGUGGCCCGGCUGGUGGCCCGCCAGUGGGCGGGCGUGAGCAGCCCCGGGGACGGCGAGCAGCCGCGAGAGCCAGACGUGUGCUGGACGGUCGCCCGCCUGUACCACCUGCUGGCCGAGGAGGAGCUGUGCCCGGCCCGCAUGCGGGACGCCGCCUACCGGGCCGCCCUCCAGGCUCUCAGCUCCACAGACGACCCCCGGCUGGCCAGGCUCCGGGAGGAAGCCCAGGACCGCUGCGGGUGGGACCUCAUCGGGGCCCCAAGCAGCUUCGGGCCCCUGCGCUCCGACCUCGGCCGCCUCCCUCCGUCCUCCAUGGCUGCCUCUGGCACUCGGAGCCUGCCGCGCCCCAUCGAGAGCCCGUCGGGCUGGAGCCGCGGCCGCCCUCUGCGCUCCACGGGCACCCCGGGCUCCCUGGACUGCCACUUGGAGAUCAGCCAGUCGCCCACGGUGGCCCUGUCCAGCCUGCACCGCAGCCCCCGCGGGCCCAACAGGCUCAGUGCAGAGCCCCCGGCCAGCGAGGUGCCCGAGGCCGUGCCCCCCGGCCGCCAGGAGCCCGAGGAGAUGAGCUGGCCGCCCUCGGCAGAGGCCGCCCCCGGCCCGGACCUGCCACCCAGCCCAGCCUCUGGGCAGCCGGAGCAGCCCCCGGAUCCAGCCUCCGCCGGCCUCCCUGAGUCUCCUGCGGCGGCUCCGGAAGCCAGCGCCCACUACCCUGUAGAAUGCUCAGAGGUGUCGGCCGCCCCCGGCUCUCUCCCCUCUCCCACGCUGGAGCCCACGGGGACCCCUGGCCCUGCGGAAGAGCAGGUGCCGCUCCAAGAGUCCGUGGGAGGCCGCGCCCCGCCCCAGAACACUAGGCCGCGGCCACCCGCUCCGGCCAGCCCACAAGUGGCUCCCCCUCCCCCUCCCCCUCCCCCUCCCCCUCCCCCUCCCCCCUCCCCCUCGGCUCCGUCCCCAAGCUCAGCGUCCGAGCAGAAAUUCUACAGCUUCGUGGUCCUGCACACCAGGGCGGACGAGGACAUCGCCGUGCGCGUCCGGGACAAGCUGGAGGCGCUGGGCGUGCCGGACGGGGCCACCUUCUGCGAGGACUUCCAGGUGCCCGGGCGCGGCGAGCUGCGCUGCCUGCAGGACGCCAUCGACCACUCGGCCUUCAUCAUCUUCCUGCUCACGCCCAGCUUCGACUGCCGCCUGGGCCUGCACCAGGUGAGCCAGGCGCUCAUGAGCGCCCUCACGCGCCUCGGCUGGCAGGACUGCGUCAUCCCCUUCCUGCCGCGGGAGAGCUCCAAGGCCCAGCUGGGCUCCGACGCCGCCAGCCUGCUGGCCGGCCUCGUGUGGCUGGAGGAGCGCUCCCAGCUCUUCGCCAGGAAGGUGGCCAACACCUUCAAGGCCGCCACGCUCCGGGACCGCAAGAGCCACUGGCAGAGAGAACAGGUGGCCCGGGCCCUGCGGGAGCAGAGCCGGCACCUGGAGGCCCAGCGGCAGUGGGCAGCGGCCAUGGACGCCGCCACCUCCGCCUACGUCCAGAACUACCUGUCCUGGCAGGCGCAGGUGGACAGGCUGCAGGCCGCGCUCGGGAGCCACCUGUCCUUGGGGGCCGCGGCGCCUCCCGGGGCUCAGGGGCCCCUGGGAGCCCCGCCCCCCUUCCCCACCUGGCCCGGCCACCCUCAGCCGCCGCCGCCACCACCCCUGGGCCCGUGGCAGGCGGGCCUCCUGCCGGCCUCGCCCGCGCCGCCUCCGAGCCCCGGGCUGCAGCCGCUGAUCAUCCACCACGCGCAGAUGGUGCAGCUGGGGCUCAACAACCACAUGUGGAACCGGAGAGGCGCGCAGGGCCCGGAGGACGAGCCGCGGCCGGCGGAGUGACCGGGCCAGAGGACGAGCCGCGGCCGGCGGAGUGACCGGGCCGGAGGACGAGCCGCGGCCGGCGGAGUGACCGGGCCGGAGGACGAGCCGCGGCCGGCGGAGUGACCGGGCCGGAGGGGCGCACCCGGGGGCCGGCGGAGUGACCGGGCCGGAGGGGCGCACCCGGGGGCUGGCGGAGUGACCGGGCUGGAGGACGAGCCGCGGCUGGCAGAGUGACUGUGGACAUGUGGGGUGACAGGGGCCGGCGGAGUGACCGGGGCUCUGGCGGAGUGACCGGGCCGGAGGGGCGCACCCAGGGGCCGGCAGAGUGACGGGGGCCGGAGGACAAGCCGCAGCCAGCGGAGUGACCGGGGCUGGAGGAUGAGCCGCGGCUGGCGGAGUGACUGUGGACAUGUGGGGUGACAGGGGCCGGAGGGGCGCACCCGGGGGCCGGCGGAGUGACUAGGGGCUGAAGGACGAGCCAUGGCCGGUGGAGUGACCGGACCCGGAGAACGAGCCGCGGCCGGCGUAGUGACCGGGCCCGGAGGAUGAGCCAUGGCCGGCGGAGUGACCGGGGCCAGAGAGUGACCGGGGGCCGGAGGACAAGUGCGGCCGGCGGAGUGACCGGGCCGGAGGACAAGGGCCGGCAGAGUGACCGGGGCCAGAGGACAAGCGCGGCCGGCGGAGUGACCGGGGCCGGAGGACAAGCGCGGCCGGCGGAGUGACCGGGGCCGGGCGGAGUGACCGGGGCCAGAGGACAAGGGCCGGCGGAGUGACUAGGGGCUGAAGGACGAGCCAUGGCCGGUGGAGUGACCGGACCCGGAGAACGAGCCGCGGCCGGCGUAGUGACCGUGCCCAGAGGACGAGCCAUGGCCGGCGGAGUGACCGGGGCCAGAGAGUGACCGGGGCCGGAGGACAAGUGCCGGCGGAGUGACCGGGGCCGGAGGACAAGCGCGGCCGGCGGAGUGACCGGGGCCGGAGGACAAGGGCCGGCGGAGUGACCGGGCCGGAGGACAAGGGCCGGCGGAGUGACCGGGAGCCGGCGGGGACCCGGGAGAGACGCCCCUGGCCCCUGUGGCUGCCAGGCCCGGCUGUGGAGCGCAUGCAUUCAGCCCCUGUCUCUGGGCGGGGGCGCCUGGCAUGGCCUUUUCAUUCUAAUAAAUAUUUAUUGCGUAACCCUCCA